UGGAACAGCACGUUUUAUAUGUUGCAGUCUUUGAUCGAACAGAAACGGGCAAUAGCGGCAUAUGGAGUCGAUCACGAGCUGCCCGCAUCUCUGACCCUCAAUCAGUGGGCUCUGAUGGAGAACAUGGUGACCCUGCUCGAACCAUUUGAACAGUUGACCAGAGACAUGUGCUCUGCUACAGCCACAACAGCCGAAGUAAUCCCUUCAGUACAAGCUUUGAAACGACUGUUGAGGAAAGAGACAUCAUCAGACCACGGAGUCAAAAGUUCUAAGCAGACACUACUGGAGGAGGUAAACAGGCGCUUCAAUGACCUCAGUUCAGAGCCCCUGUAUUGCUUUUCAGCAAUACUUGACCCACGAUACAAGGACCGCUACUUCGAUCCAGGCGUAAAAGUGUCAGCUGUGGAAAUCCUUCGGCAGAAAGUGGAACAGAACGUCCAAUGCAGGGAGAACUUGGAUGAUGGAAACUACGAAACACCAGAAAAGCUGCCCCGAAGAGAAAGAAGCUCAUUAAUGGAAAUGUAUGAUGAGAUCGUGAAUGAGAACGACUGCAUGACACAGGAACAGGAGGGCAGUCCGCUGCAAGGAUACCUCGCAGAAUGUCUUCUUUCACGAGACAAGAGCCCGUUGGAAUAUUAG